UGGCCCAGCCUACCCUCCCCAGGUUGAAAACCAGCACAGAUUUGUGCCCAGUGGAUUUCGGUGAUGUUUUUGGUAUAGAGAAAAGCAGAAUUCCUAGGACAGUGUGGGGAAGUGCAAGGUCAGAAGGAAAAGACUCACAAAAGUGAGGUUUUAAAGACUAGAGAAGUAUUUGUUCUCUCUGAGCAUCUGUGGAUGUUUGCUUAUAUGCUAAGGGUCUUAAUCAGCAGCACUGUCUUUCAGUUUUGUUUUUAAAGUGAAAGCACUCCUGAAAUAAAUAGAACUAUAAGGGGUGGAGAGAAGAGGGACAAAGUCCAGAAUUACUCAGUGGUGUCUGUGUGCUCCCUAUUGGAGGACCUGAGACAUGCUCAUCUCAGAAGGAUGGGGACUCUUGGUUCCCUGGCCAGUUUCUCCCAACACAGUGGGGACUGGUCCUAUCAUGGGAGGACAGCAGAUGGUGCCAGAGACAGAUACCAAUCUGUGGACUCUUCAGGAGAGGGAAUAGGUUUUUGGCAUGCAGGACAAAGGUAGAUAACUGGACAAAGGCCCAGGUGGUGCCCAGGUAUUGCCCCUGUCUGGGCCACUGCUCCCACACUCAGGAGCCAGACCUUGUGGGUGAGGACACACUGUCCCUUUUGCUCAGUUAAUAACUUCCUCCCAGCCAGGAUCCUGCCCCAAGCAGGAAUAUAGGUCUGUACCUACAGCAGCUCCUGCUCAGACUGCCGUCAAAACCACCCUGCAGCUGAGGAUCAAGGAGCAUGGCCACAGGAAGGUGGGGUUUCAGGGCAUCCCUCAUGAACUGCCCCUCUCCUCAGAAUUCCAUAAUGAAGGCCCAUAUGCUUGUGGGUAUGCUGGUCAUUGUGGGCUUCGCAGUAGGAAAGGUUCCUGUUCCUGAAGUCCGGACCUGCCACUUCUGCCUCUUAGAAGACCCUUCUGUAGGAUGCAUUUCAGGCUCAGAGAAGUGUACCAUCAGCAGCUCAUCCCCAUGCAUGGUGAUCUCCAUCUUUUAUGAUAUCAAGGUUCGCUUCAACAUUCGAGGCUGUGGACAAUACAAUUCCUACCGCUGCCAAGAAAAACGCAACACCUACUUCUCGAAGUACUGGUAUCAGGCCCAGUGCUGCCAGUAUGAUUACUGCAACUCCUGGUCCAGCCCCCAGCUCCAGAGCUCCCUGUCUGAGCUGCCUCAUAGGACCUUGCCCCUGCCUCUGUCUGACUCCCAGAUUCAGUGGUUCUACCAGGCCCUGAACCUCUCACUGCCCCUACCCACCUUCCAUGCUGGGAAGGAUCCUGAAGGCCUGGACUCCAUGGCCGCCCUUCCCCUGAAACUGGGCUUGUCCAUUGCUGACCUGCGCCGCAUGUACUUAUUCCUCAAUAGUUCCGGACUUUUAAUUCUUCCCUGGGCUGUACCCUGACACCUUACCUUUCCCAGAUUCCACCCUGUUCUACCAUCCUGCACUGCCCUCUCUGAGAACACACACGUUCUCUGGUCACUAUGAUUUCUUAGGUCUCCCUUUGUGCCUUCAGUGUCUAUAUGGCUUUGGUUUAAUUUCCUCUCCUGAAUCCCAAUGCUGCUCUUCCUUCCUUCUAGAAAAGAAUCUCAAGUGUGGAUUCUGCCCCUGGCUAACCUGGGAAAGGCACAAUGGUUUCCUUCAUGCCUUUCCCAUCGUCUUAGCAUUCCAUCAUCU